AUGUCGGCGCAAGACGACGAGAGGAAGUCGAUGAGGAAUACGGCUACCACUUCCUCGGAAAGUGAAGAUGGCGGCUAUCCCCAGCGUCUGCCCCUGAGCAAGAGAAUUCUAGGUACAAUUUGGGAUUCACUAGAUAAGUCUCCUGAGGAGAGGAGAUUGAUUGCAAAGCUGGACUGGUGGAUCCUGUCGUAUGUCUGUGUUGCGUAUUUCAUCAAAUAUCUCGACCAGACCAACGUCUCAAAUGCAUACGUCUCAGGAAUGAAGGAAGACCUCAAACUAAAAGGUAAUGAUUUGAACUAUCUUACGACUUACUGGACCAUCGGAUAUAUCAUCGGCAACCUCCCCUCUCAGGUCAUCCUGACUAAGGUCCGUCCGAGCAUUUGGUUGCCCACUCUGGAAAUCAUUUGGAGUAUUUUGGUGAUUGGUAUGGCUGGAGCUAAAAACGUAACCACGAUCUAUACGCUGCGAUUCUUCAUUGGGUUGCUCGAGGCAUCUGCUUACCCCGGCAUCAUGUCACUUCUUGGAUCGUGGUAUACGCCUGCAGAGCUUGGAAAGCGUAGCUGUAUCUUUCAGGCAUCCUCUAGUGCUGCGCAGAUGUUCUCUGGCUAUCUUCAGGCAGCACUAUACAAGGGAAUGAAUGGCCGGAGUGGAAUGUCGGCGUGGCAGUGGCUUUUCAUUCUUGACGGCAUUAUUGGAAUCCCCAUUGCCUUGUACGGUUUUUGGGCUGUGCCGGACUCUCCUACAGAUACGCGUAGCCGGUGGCUCACUGCCAAAGAAAGGGAAUUAUCCAUCGAGAGAAUGAAGAAUGCCGGACAUGCACCUCCACGGAAGUUGACGCCUCGCACAUUCUUCGACGUUGGUUGUACCUGGGCUGCAUGGUUGUUCUCGCUAUUGUUUAUUGCACACGUUUGCGGAAUCCGAAUUUACUCGUAUUUCAACGUCUGGCUGAAAUCCACAGGCCGUUAUAGCGUUGAACAGGUCAACCUGAUCCCGACAGCCGGCUUCGGAGCUCAGAUAAUCUUUACCUUAUCGUAUGCGUGGAUCAGCGAUGCUUUGCAGAUGCGAUGGCCAAUAAUCAUCUUUGCAGCAAUUAUUGCGCUUAUAGGAACUAUCAUCCUUUCUGUGUGGCCAGCGAACAAUAUUCCUGCAAUGAUGACGGGAUGGAUUCUCACCUUCUUAGAAACCGGGGCUGGUGCUCUGAUUAUCGCCUGGAUCAAUGAAGUUUGUGCUUACUCGAGAGAGCACCGUAUGCUGAUUAUAGGCUUUGUGGAAACAAUGGCUUUUACCUUCAAUGCAUGGGUUCCUUUGCUAGCAUACAACACGUCUCAGUCCCCUCAUUUUAAAGUUGGAUACAAGCUAGCUGCGAUGUUUUUUGCCUUGGAGAUUGUCUUAACGUUGUUAAUCGCGUAUGUUGAGAAGCGAUGGAAUUUGCAGAAGCAAUAUCUUAGACGAGAAGAGUCUCAACAGGGGCAGGGAGAACAGGAAACCCACACGGGUGUUUCUGUCGACUAGUAGAUAUAAAAGUUAUUUCAAGCUAGGAG